AUGGCCACAUCUGAUUCAUUUGUAAUGGAUUCAUUCAGUGAUUCUUUAUUAGCAGCUGUUACAGAAAUAUCUUUUUAUGGACCUAAUCAUCCACAAGUUGCUGAAAAACCUCCUAAACCUUUAAUCGAACUGAAUUUACCAACAGCUGUUAUUAAUUGUUAUCAACGUUCUGGUAUAUCACAUCUUUUUGCUUGGCAGGCUGAAUGUAUUGAAAAAGCAAGUGCAAGUGGAAAACGAAAUUAUAUUUUUUCUGCUCCAGUAUUUGAAACAAAACGAAAAGCAUUGUUUAUUGAACCUUAUGUUAGUAUUGUUCAAGAAAAAGCUAAUUAUUUUCGAAAACUUUUUUCAUCACUUCAUUUACGUAUUGCAUCAUAUGCUGGUGCAAGUGAUUCUCAUCAUUCAUUUACCAAUAGUCAUAUUAUAAUAUGUACGAUAGAAAAAGCGAAUAGUAUAAUAAAUCGUUUAUUAUCAAAUCGUGAUGAUUUAAAUGAAAUAGGUAUUAUUAUUGUUGAUGAAUUACAUUGGAUAGGUGAAUUAAAUCGUGGUUAUUUACUUGAAUUAUUAUUAAGUAAAAUAAUUUAUUAUAAUCGUUUAUAA